AUGAUGCGUAUCGGAUGUCUUUUAUGGGCUUUUGCUUGUUUACCAUGCCUGAUCGUUUCAACCUCUCCCACCUGCCUCGAGCAAAGCAUCCAGGAUCUCAACAUCACAGACCCCGAAGAAGUCAAACUCUUCGUACAAGAGUGGACUAGACCAGGCGCGAUCAAACGACUUGAAUUUACUCCCUUGGCAUCCCAACUUCCGACUUGGGAUCUUCCUCUUGGUCGUCGCCAAGGCCAACUGUGCUGUGACGAAGACCAGAAGUGCGAUAACGAUGCCCAAACAUGCGUCAAUCUUACAGCAACGGUGACCGACACAACGACUUCGUGGGUGACUGCAACUGACACCGAGACUGUCACGACCGAUGGCACAACGACUGUGAAAACGGUCUCGACUGUAGAGACCACCGUGUUUGUAACGGUAUCGCGAGGCCCUACGGGUUAUGAGGCUACUGGGGCGAAUACGGCUACAGACUCGGACAGAAAACACAAGCGAUUUGUCCCUGCGGCUCCUCAUAAACAGCUCGAACGCAAAUCUCCCACAACCAAGACAAUAGAGCCAGUCAUCCUCCGACCAGCUGCAAGCCUCAAUGCGCUCGCUGACGGUCUUGCGCGACGAGGAAUUCCCAUCCACAGACGAGCAACAGACACGAAAACAGUCUACGAGACGGAAAAAGCGACGACAACAAUUACCGACACAGAAACAAAGACCGAAUGGACGACCAAGUACUCGACCUCGACCACAACACACAAACAGACCGUCACGGUGUUUGUCCAAGGUCAAUCCACCGUCACAGUAGGACCUACUGGAACAGCAGCAAGUUCCUCAGAAUCAGGCUCUGGCGAUGGUGGUGCGCCCAAAGGCACUAUUAUCGGUGCAGCCGUUGGUGGCGGUCUAGGCUUGAUAUUGAUCGCCUUACUUGCUUUUUUCCUGUGGAGGCGACGACUCAAGUCUACAAAUCAGCCGCAGCAGCCAAGCCAAUUUUAUGCAGCCCACAACGAAGCCCCUGCAACGGCACAGAAGCCACCACCUCCUUUCAAGUCAUCGCCCCCAACGCCGGCUGGGGCACGCGAUACUUGGGCAUCGAGUCCCAGUCGAAGCGAUUAUUCCCAGCCACCUGCGUAUCCGUCUCCGAUACCUGAGUUGGGAAAUACGCAGUUUGCUUAUGAGAUGCAUACGUCGCCGCAGCGGUCGCCGCAGGAGCUGUAUCAUCCGCAGUACAUGAGUGGUUUGGGAUUGCCUGAGAUGAGGGAUCAGCGGAGGGGUUAG